AUGGUCUGGCAGCGGAGUUCUUCGCUCGGACUCGACACAACUACUUCUACCUCAAGGAUACGCGGUCGAGGAGAAUCCGACGUGGAGAAAGAAGCCUUUUUUCGACCUCCUCCCAAUAUUAAUGAUGACUACGAUCACGACCACGCUAUUGAACAUGAUUCCCCUUCAGUUGCCUCCUCUCGCUCAACCUCCGAUAUGUAUAAAUCCAUGUUGGGUAACAAAGCUCACCACUCUAAUCGAUCCUCCCCUUCUAAUUUCGCCAGCAACCUACCUCGAUCCAUUAUGCGAUGGCUUUGUUUAGGAGUGGCUGCGACGCUACUCAUUUUCAUAUUUUCCCUGGUCCGGCUCAGCUGGAACGCAGAUAAAGAGGUCAAGGUCGCGAUCGAACAAGAGAAAAUCAAGCCUAAGCCACCGCCAUGGGAGACUUUCCCUUUCCUGGAGAGGUACUAUGGUGGAGUACGAACUUUGGUACCUUCGUCCUUGAACGUUCCAGAAUAUCCAAGAAACGAUGAUGAAAUGCCACCAGACAGCUUCAACAUCUCGGAAGAACUGCGUGAAAGCGAGGCAGCGAGAGCGAACCAGAAGCGGGAAUUACAAUCAAGCAAACUCUUCGACCCAUAUCCAAAUUAUACCUCACCGGAGUACAUGACCCAAUAUGGUUCCAAGGUUGAUUGUUACCUUGACGCUGAAAAUACCAUCUCGAUUCCCAACGUCCGGAUUUAUGAGGGUGUGCCUCGAGGAUUCCCUGAUGUGGUUAUGGGCUCGGCUCAGAUGCUGGGUCUUCGAAAUGACAUUUGCUAUGAUCGCUUUGGUCGACUCGGACCCUACGGACUCGGUUAUAGCUUGAAUAGAGGUGGAAGUGGUGCUCAAUUGGAGGGUGAGAGGGAAGGAGUGGAUUUGGUCUGGUCUGAAAGUCCUGAAGUCGAUUGGAGACGUGUGCAGUGGCUCGAAGUUCAAAAGCGAUGUCUGGCGUCGAACACUCAUCGCUUCAAGGAAUUGCCGGUCCCAAAGUCUAGGCCUUUCGCUAGGAGGGAUGAAAGGACAAAUGAUACAGAACCGUCUGAGAAACCAUCAGAAGCACCAUCAGAUCCUGAGUCUGUGCCACUAAAGAAACCAAUUCAAUCCCAGCCUAAACCAACAUCUGGAAAUGAAAAGCUGCCACGGACUGCUCUCAUUAUUCGAACGUGGUGGGAUUAUCCAUAUACCCCUGAAGAUAAAAUCUACCUUCGAUCACUGAUUUCAGAAUUGGUUAUGAUGUCAGGAGGGGAAUAUGAAGUUCAUUUUCUGAUUCAAGUCAAAGACAACGAAUUGAAUAUCUUCUCCGACGAGGAGACCUACGAUCGUGUUCUUCAGGAUGCGCUACCUGAAGAGUUCCGUGGCAUGGGAACCCUAUGGAAUGAGCGUCAGAUGCACCUAAUGUACGGUGGUCUGGAAGAAACAAACAUGCGCAACCUUCCUGUGCAUGGUGUUUAUCGAAGCACAUUCAUGCCAAUGCAAUAUUUUGCAUAUCGGCAUCCCGAAUAUGACUUCUUCUGGAAUUGGGAAAUGGACAUCCGUACCACACACCAUUGGUACCACUUGUUUGAUAGUGUCACCAGAUGGGCCAAAGCCCAGCCGAGAAAAUUGCUGUGGGAAAGGAAUAGCCGAUUCUAUAUUCCUUCCGAGCAUGGCAACUGGGAGGACUUCAGUCAAAUGGUUCGAAUUCAGACGGAGCAUGGCACCAAUAGUGUCAACAACCUCUGGAGCUCUCUAAACCGAGACAAGGACACUUCUAUUCCUGGCGGGGUGAAACAACAAGGCGAUCGUCCUAUCUGGGGACCUGAACGUCCUCUUGAUGACGAUGUUGCAUUUGAAGGUGACCCAGAACCACCCACAUCCUUUGAUAAGGAUAAGUAUACUUGGGGUGUCGGUGAAGACGCAGAUCUCAUCACCUUUAAUCCCCUAUUUGACCCUGAUGGCACGACUUGGCUCCUUACCGAUGAUACUACGGGCUAUAACAAAACCAGAGGUCAGCCACCACGACGCACUGCUAUCAUCACUGCGAGUCGGCUUUCCAAGAAAUUACUCUUCACCAUGCAUCGUGAGACGGCGGUCAAAAGACACACAAUGUUUUCCGAAAUGUGGCCUGCAUCUUGCGCACUUCAUCAUGGGUUGAAGGUUGUCUAUGCGCCUCACCCUGAGUAUGUGGAUCGCAAAUGGCCGACAAACUACCUGCAAUCCGUCCUCAAUGCUGGACGCAAUGGAGCGACGGGAGGCUCGAGGACAAGUGUGUUCGGAGAUCGAGAACACAAUUUCCGUGGGAUGACAUGGUAUUAUAAUGCCGGUUUCCCCGAGGUGUUAUGGCACCGAUGGCUUGGGAUAAAAUUCCACAAUGCCGGUGGUGAGCAAGAGGAGAUGGCGGGUGAGGGUAGAAUGUGCCUUCCAGGAAUGUUAUUACAUCCUGUCAAAAGAGUGGAUUUGGUCCUCGAGUCCCGACGAGCUGAUCAGUCUGGUUGA